GGCGGGGCCGGCGGGGGUUUCUCCCGGGCUGGGCUGACGGCUGCGGUUUGGGAACUUCAAUUUCGUGUGUGAGCGCGAGCGGCCGUUUGGGCGGCAGGUAAAGAGGAUACUGUGCUGUUACCCAGUUGUCAUAGUUGGUUGCAUUCUACUAAUCUUCAAGACUUGUUUUGGAGUUAAAGUGUAAGUUGUGACAAUGACAACUGAAGUUGGCUCAGAGACUGAAGUAAAGAAAGAUUCUGAGCAGCUAGGACCAGACAAAGCCAAGGACAAGCCUGAAGAAGCAUCAGAGACUCCAGAAAAUCAAAAAUCCAGGGAAACAUCCUCUGAAGAAGCUCAAGAUUCUUCCUCUGUCCCAGCACCAACUAGCCAAAGUAGUCCAAGUAGCCAGAAGAAGGAAAAAGCUUCUCCUGAAAGCAAGGGUAUUUCUCGUUUCCUUCCCCCCUGGCUUAAGAAACAAAAAUCAUAUACCUUGACAGAGCCCAAAGAUGAGACCAAGAAAAGGACCACAGAGGAAGAACGAGUAGUUGAAGAAAGUGAAUGCCAGACACCAGAGGGGGUGGCUCAGCCAAAAAAGAGCUUAGAAGCAGCAGCUGAAAAUCAGCAUAAUGCUAAAGCAGACAACAAAGAAGAAAAACGCUCUGUUAAUAGUGCUGAAACACAGUCUGCCAAAGAAGAUGGUAAAGAACCGGAAGUAGAGAAAGUUGCAGAGGAAAAGGAAGAAAAAGAAAAAAGAGAGACAAAAGAAGUGCAGACAGCUGAAAUUAAAACAGAAAACAUUCCUCAGAAGUCUCCCAAGAAAAUGAAGACUGUGCAGUGUAAAGUGAUGCUUCUGGAUGGCACAGAAUACAGCUGUGACCUAGAGAAAAAAGCAAAAGGCCAAGUGCUGUUUGACAAAGUUUGUGAACAUCUCAAUUUACUGGAAAAGGACUAUUUCGGGCUGUUGUUUUAUGAGAAUUCAGAACAGAAGAACUGGCUAGAUUCUUCGAAGGAAGUUAAGAGACAAAUUCGAAGUUUACCUUGGAUAUUCACCUUUAAUGUGAAGUUUUAUCCCCCUGAUCCUUCACAGCUGACUGAAGACAUCACUAGAUAUUUCUUGUGCCUACAGCUUCGUCAGGAUAUUGCUUCUGGUCGACUGCCAUGUUCUUUUGUGACUCAUGCCCUCCUUGGUUCAUACACCCUGCAGGCUGAGCUGGGUGAUCAUGACCCAGAGGAGCAUCGCAGUGACUAUAUCAGUGAAUUCCAGUUUGCACCCAAUCAAACUCAAGAAAUGGAAGAGAAAGUAGCUGAGCUACACAAAACACACAGGGGCUUGACUCCAGCACAGGCGGAUUCCCAGUUCCUAGAAAAUGCUAAGAGACUCUCCAUGUAUGGAGUGGAUUUACAUCAUGCCAAGGAUUCGGAAGGUGUGGAUAUCAUGUUGGGUGUAUGUGCUAAUGGACUGCUCAUUUACAAAGAUAGACUCCGGAUCAACCGCUUUGCUUGGCCAAAAAUUCUGAAGAUUUCCUAUAAGCGAAGUAAUUUCUACAUCAAAGUCAGGCCAGCAGAACUGGAACAGUUUGAGAGUACUAUUGGGUUCAAGCUGCCAAACCAUCGGGCUGCUAAAAGGUUAUGGAAGGUUUGUGUGGAGCACCAUACUUUCUUCAGACUUGUAUCACCAGAACAGCCUCCAAAAGCAAAGUUUCUAACCUUGGGUUCCAAGUUCCGCUACAGUGGUCGUACACAAGCACAGACACGACAGGCUAGCAACCUCAUAGACAGACCAGCUCCCUACUUUGAGCGCACUUCAAGCAAGCGUGUUUCCAGGAGCCUUGAUGGAGCUCCCAUGGGUAUCUCAGACCAAAGUCUGCUAAGAGACUUCCCUACUACUGGAGGGCAGGCUGCUGGAGAUAAAGUCAUUGACAUUGAAGCUGCUGGUCAGGCCAAGUUAAAAGAAAGUGGCAGAGAAGAAGAUGGAAGCCCAGUCAAAACCCCACAAUUAGAAUUGACUCAGGAUGGAAAGAAUUUAUUUCUUCAGCUCACUCACGUACACCCACCAUCGCUACCCAUCCAUUCUGUGUCAUCCCACCUCACAAACCUCUCACCUGAGAUGGACAUGCUUUCAGAUAUUUCAGAGGAAGAUCCCUUUGGAGAGCCCCUCCUUACCAUCCCAGACAUCUCAGAGUGCAAUUCCAUGAAAGAAACACCAGAUCAUAAUAAAAAUGAAAUAGCUUCACCGAAUAUCAUCUUUGAAUCUAUGAGAUCCCUAGCUUGUUCAGUCUCCCCUGCUGUGGAGGGAAAACUCCGUACAGAUGACUACAAAAGCACUGAGUUGUGUGUCUCAUUCAGCUUUAUCAGAUGCUUUUCUUUUAGUUUCCAUUCACUGCUUGACGAGGAUGGUUACAUUACUUUUCCUAGCCUUCCUGAUGUUUGCAUCUCUUUCCUCCCACCUGGCCUUCAGCACUAUAUUCCCAUUACCUCUCCUUCCUUCAUCCCCUCUUUUCUCCUUAUCUUCGUGCUGCUUCUGUCUGCUUUCCAGUCUAUUCCUUUUUCACUCACAUUUUCCCUUCCUCUCGCUCUGUCCCUCUGCUACCUGGAGCCUAAGGCGACUUCCUUUAGUGCCUCUAAUGACAAUGACCUGAAUGACAAAGCAGAGGAAGAGGAGGUGGAAUCUGAAGAGGAGGAAGCACAACAGAAGAGCAAUUCCUUGAGAGUAGACGGGGAAAAUAUUUAUGUCAGACAUAGCAAUUUAAUGUUGGAGGACCUGGAUAAGACCCAGGACGACUUACUGAAACACCAGGCUAGCAUUAGUGAGCUCAAGCGCAAUUUCAUGGAAUCUACACCUGAACCACACCCAAAUGAGUGGGAAAAGCGGCGUAUCACACCUCUGUCCCUACAGACACAAGGGAAAAAAGGAGACCACAUUUUCCAACUGAAAACGCUGCCUGGGAAGGAGAAGCAAUGGACUGCGAUGCCAUGGAUUGCUGGAGCAAAACCAGAGGAAACCGAUAAGAGCCUAGAAGAGGAGAUCACGUCCAUUUUGUUUAGUAAGGAGGGCUUUGGCGCUAGCACGAGAGGGCCCUUCGCCGCCGCCAGCGUGGGGCCAGCAGAGGGCGCUGCGGGGGAAGAGACCGCCGCCUCGGCCGCGCCGCCCCCCCAGAGACAUGCUUCCCGAACAGAAGGGCCUUGUACUGGAGUCAGCGAUGCUGAUAAGAGUUCACAUGAGACUCUGGACAUAGUGGAGGAGAAGAAGCAGGCAGAGGUUGGGAUAGAAGAAACACUAGUCGUAGACGAAACCAACAAAGGGAAAAUGCAAGUUGCCACUGAUGCUGGGGAAACAUGUAAGGUGGAACAUCUGUCAAAAAAGGACUCUUCGUCAUUGCCAUCAGAUAGUAGCAGCAGCAGCAGCAGUAGUAGUGAGAGUGAGGAUGAAGAGGUGGGAGAAUACCAGCCACAUCAUAGGGCAAUUGAGGAAGUCAUCAGGGAAGAACAGGAAGAAGAGGAAGACGUGAAAAGGAAAGAACAUGAAGAAAAUUUACAGCAUGUGGAAGCUACACCAGAAGGCAGUAAACGAAAUGUACCAGUUGAGCACACAGAAGUUACAGCUGAAGGUUUGGUCCAGGAAAAUGCAGUUACCAUAGCUACACAAGAGAAGAAUUUGUCAGAGGAAAUUAAGCAAGAUUUAGGUGAAGAAAAAGAGGAAGAACAGCUCAAACUCAAUGGAGAUAUGUCUCAUGUUGACAUUGAUGUUGCACCACAAAUAAUUUGUUGUUCUGAGCCUCCAGUAGUGAAAACAGAGAUGGUAACCAUUUCAGAUGCCACACAGAGAACUGAAAUCUCCACUAAAGAAGUUCCAAUUGUUCAAACAGAAACUAAAACUAUCACAUAUGAAUCUCCACAGUUUGAUGGCAGUGCUGGUGGCAAUGCUGGUGUGCUGCUGAGUGCACAGACAAUUACAUCAGAGUCCAUUUCCACUACCACAACUACACACAUCACAAAGAUGGUAAAAGGUGGGGUAUCGGAAACAAGAAUUGAGAAGCGCAUUGUCAUUACUGGAGAUGCGGAUAUUGACCAUGAUGAGGCCCUGGCACAGGCAAUCAAAGAAGCCAAAGAACAGCACCCUGACAUGUCUGUCACAAGAGUGGUGGUGCACAAAGAAACUGAACUUGCUGAGGAAGAUGAAGAGUAAAAUCAAAAAUGCCCUCAAGCAAAUACUUCAGAAGUAAAAAUGAUACUGACUGCGAUCGUGACCAUGAGGAACUGUAAUCAUUCCAAGUCAUCACUACUCUACCGAAUUCACCAAGCCUAGCAACGAUGACCAGAUGUUCAAGACUUAAAUGCCAAUACCAAACUCCAUUUUAACAUCUUUGGUCUAUAUUCCCUUACAAUCUUUUUUGGGUUUUGUUUUUCUUUAUAACCACUUCUUAACAAUCUUAGAUAAUUUUUUAAAUGAAGUUUUAGAGGGUAUGAUCUUCUUUUGCACAAAUACUUGUCUUUUUUGAAGAUGAUUCUUAAUUAUAUGAAAGUGAACAAAAAAAGAAGUCUGGAAGGCAUUGUUCACUGGAGCAGGUGGUAAUUGUGCAGGAAGGGUGAUCUUAAUUAAUUUAGAUAUAGUUUUUUCCAAAUAUUUCAAGUGAAUUCUCUUACUGGAUUAAGUUACAGAUUUUUUUUUUUUUCUGAUUAUUCAGGUAAAUACAUGGUAUCACUCAUAACAAAGAUUUUUAUAAAAAUACAACAUUUCCUAAACUUUGAAAAAAUAUAUUUCUUUGGAUAAAUUUUAUACUGAUAUGCCUGUAACUCUUUCUGUUCUAAGGUUCUCCUCUCUGUGCGGCAGAGGUGGUGCAGCAGUCUGUAGAGGAGAAGGAGUUGCAGACACAUUUCUUCUGACUGAGCACUGUGUUCUUUUUGCACUUUGGUGCCAAUGCUCAACUUCUUGCAGACGUUUUGCUGUCUGCAGCAUUCCAGAUAAGGAAAGAAGGAGGAACAAAAUGUGUUUCUCUUCUUCCAACAAGAGAUGAUUUAGGCAGCUUAAAACCUUAGUGCUUUCUUUCUUACUGUGUCCAAACUUCAACACUUCCAUUAUUUGAAUACCUGUGUAGAAUGCUUGCUUUCUAUUAAACCUCACUGUCUCCGUGUUAGAACUGACAUUUCUGUUAUUGAGAAGGUAUGUUUCAGAUGCUUCGUCUAAUGGUUGAUACAGGUUUUUAGGAUACUGAGUAAAAGUGUACGAUGGACUCCAUUCAUUAAGGAAUAAGACAGUACCAUCAUUUGAGACUGCCAUUGAGAAAACCUGUUAAUUAUUUUGGAUUUUAUUUUUGUUUCGUUCUUGCAAGGGGGGUUGUUUGUUCAGGGUUUUUUUUUUUUGCAGUUGACUCUGUGUAUAGUUAAAAUGCCAAAUUAGAUAUAUAGGAGCUUGAAGUUGUAUUAAGUGAUAUUUUGCUUUCUGUAAUUCUGUUAUAAAAUAAAGUUGUUUAUUCUCUGUA